CAUGGAACGUAUUCGAGUCCCCAACACAUAUCCUGGGCUCCAAAGGGAAGGAACUCCGGAUCUAAAGUCUCGUCCUCACCCGUGUCGGUUAUCGAAAACUGAUCCUUGAACACCGUCAUUUGCGUACGGUCGCUUUUGUGAAAUAAUUCAGCAUGGGCAAAGCUGGAAAGCUGGCAAAGCGUCGAAGGCUUAUGAACCAGGGUGGGGCCGCAGACGGUCCCCUGGCAAAGAAAGCAUUCCGUCCGGCUGUUCCGCUCCCUAGUCCUCCGCCGGCCUUGUCCUCUGCUUCGGGAUCCGACGUUGAGGGAGGAAAGGGUACAAAGCGUACCCUAGAGCCAGAGGAGGACAAUGAAAUCAGCGACGUUGAAGAGCUUGUCGGCGACCUCAUUCCAUCGCAUGACUUGGCCCUCACAAUCCAGACUCUUACGAUGCUCGAGGAGAACCCGGCCGUGAUUCGCGGCAAAGGCUUCAAGGCGCUUCGUGCUACGUUGCACCGACUGCAAACUACUAUGGCGAGGACCGCUGGCGUAGGGGCCGGCAACACGCUGAGCGGACGGAUCUCGGAUGCGUUGACAGACGGACGAUGGAACGAUGCCCACCUUGCGCUGGCCGAAAUGCGAGAACGUGGCCAGACUCCGAAAUUAGGGGCUUUACAACGCUGGGUGCGUGACUGCGAUGCAGUGUCGUCAGCUGAUAAGAAAGUGGCCGGAGACAAGCAGAACGAGGAUGUAUUGAGAGUUCUCGAUGCCAUUUUGAGGACUGCGGAUCCGGAUGUGGUGCCUGCAUUGGAUUCCGAUGACGAAGCGAGGGUGGUGCAGUAUCAGCCACCUUGGACUGCCCCAAGUGGGCACGCCGGAGUCGAGUCACAGGGCGAGAAGAACGAACUCACAGAUGAAGAGAUCAGAGCUCGCUUCAGGGUAGUUGCACAUGAGAAAGGUCCGGAGCGUCGUACACCAAACCGGCAAGACUUCAUCAUGUAUACGUCCUUACCGGGGACGAUUACGCCAUCUCCGGCCUCUUCCACGCCUCUGGUGACUCGCAUCGACGUCCCCAAUGUUCCGGGGGCCUUCCUGUUGCAAGAUGUCCUUACGGCUGCCCAAUGCGCUCAGAUCCUUCGCACAACUGAAGCAGUGGGUUACACGCCCGAUGAACCCAUCGCCGGCGCUGCAUCGGAACAAACCUCGGUGUUGGCGCAUAACCUUUUCUGGCUCGCCGACACUGAAUUACUCGGCAUGAUAUUCGACCGCGUCAAAGAGCACUUGCCACAAACGCUCCCCAGCAUCUCACCAACAUCGCCUCCGAAACUCGCGGGUAUCAACUCCAGAUGGCGCGUUUAUCGAUACGUCCCAGGCGCCGUCUAUCGCCCACACAUCGACGGUGCGUGGCCCGCGUCGGGUCUGGACCCUCAAACCGGUGAAUAUGUGUACGACAUGUACAAGGACCGACGCUCCAAGCUGACCUUCCUUGUGUACCUGAACGACGGUUUCGACGGAGGACACACCACGUUUUUCAUCCCAUCGGCGGUACCGGGCAAGAUGAACGCUUACCCCGUGCAGCCGAGGGCUGGUUGCGUGCUAUGUUUCCCGCAUGGAGAAGCUAAGGGGGCCCUGCUCCAUGAAGGCAGCCCGGUGAUUCAGGGCAAGAAGUACAUCAUCAGGGCAGAUGUCCUUUACACGCUGCCCGAUGGCGGGGGUGCUAUGUCUAUCUCAGAUAGCUAGAUAUAGGUCGUACUUACCUCGUCAUCCUCGCAUUUGAAUCCCGCAAUCCAUGUCAUGCAGUGUGUUGUGUAUACCCUCUUUUGUUUUGCAAUCAAAGCCAUUAUCGUUCCAAACGCGGAGAGGUUACU